UGACACCAGAGUAGGCUCUAAACUUCUUUAUAGUGGAAAAAUGUUCAAAUAAAAUCUCAAUAGAUUUAUAACAAUUUGAAUACAGGGUGUUGAAGCAAGGAAUAGGGUGGUUGUGGGGUUUAUUUUUUUUAAAUUUCAAUAAACGUGUGCAUGUAUCUAAAAUAGUAAAUUGUUUUAUGACAUGCAGUACAUUUAAAUGAGUGGUUAUGCAUGAAAAGUAUAUCGAAUAUACAUACGUAUCUUCUCGAUUUAUAUUUCAUUUAAGAUUUUAUUUGCCUUCAUAUAACAUCAGGUAAAAAUUGGAAAUAUAAUCGGCAAAGGCUAUCGGGAUAUACAAAUAGUGAUGCGUAGGCGCGCUUAUGUCAGACUUCUGGCAUUUCUUGUCGUCUGCUACACCACCUUUGGUUUUGUCACGUGGUACGGGUCUUACCAGAGGGGUUCCGCAGCAGACGAGCUGAUUUCCGGGGAAAUGAAACAAUCAAACUUUGCACCGGUUGUUGUUGUUGCAUACAUGCGCAGUGGAUCCACUUUAACAGGGAAUCUUAUUCAGCAAAAUCCGGAUACAUUUUACGUCUUUGAACCACUUCACGAUAUCAUAAGAGGGUAUCAAAAGGAAAAAGAAAUCCAGUUCCCCAAAACAAGAUUUGUAGCGGAACGCCCAUUAAUGGAUAUAAAAGAAGAGGUUGACGGUUUAUAUCGUGCAUGGUUCACGUGCGAUAUGGAAUAUAUUCUGUCCGAGCCGUACCGUUACCAUGUUGGAUUUUUCAAGCACGGCCAUAAAACGAAAUUAUUAUUAAAGUGUUUGGAUAAUACAACAUACACACUUGUCAAAGAUAAUGCAAUGCCGUGUACGAAUUACUUACAGAAAUUGUGCAUGGAUUCAAAAUAUAGAGUACUCAAAACUAUUCGAACACCGUUAAUUUGGUUUAAAACUCUAAUGGAAGAAUUUCCAAACAUGAAAAUUGUACAUUUGGUAAGAGAUCCGCGCGCAAUCUUGACGUCACAGCGCAGAUUCGGAGAAUGUUCCACAGUUAAACACGGGGGUCUCGCUGGCUGCACGAGAUUUGUAUGUUCUAGUUUAGAAGAUGACUUAUUAACGUUCGAAAUAUUUACUAAAUUAUUUCCAGGUAGAAUAUAUCAAAUUAAAUAUGAAGAUAUAGCACUUAAUCCUCUAUCAAAAACAAAAGAGCUGUAUCGCUUUUUAAAUUUGAAAUAUACAGACUCCAUUACGAAAUAUAUAGUCAAUAUCACAAUGUCUGGAAAUAACGCUACUUAUACUUUAGAUACAGUUAGACCGAAUUCAUCCGAAAUGAUUGACAAAUGGCGAACUAAAAUCAGUGACGAAUUGCUAGAUACAGCUCAAGCUAUGUGUAAAUUUGCGAUGAAAGCAUUAUCCUAUUACCAUUUCAUAAAACCGAUGAAGUAAAAGGACAAGAAAUAAAGAGGGCGGGUGAGGUAGACAGAAAAAAA